AGCUUUUGAUGGGAACUUCCACAAAGCCCAAAGCUUUCAAUGAUUCAAACCAUUUCUGAGAAGAAAGUGGAACCCAUGAACCCGCUCCUUCUCUACCACGGUACCAACACACCACCACAACAAAAACAAGCGGGAGGGAGGGAGACCCAACAAAGAGGCUCAACAACAUGAACCGGAAAAAACCAACAUUGCAAUUUCCAAUUUUUGGGUGUGGUCAGUGUUUGUGUUUAGAGACAGUGGGACCCAAUGAUACCAAGAAAUUUCUAAAAACAAAACCAAGGAAGUAGGACCCACUAAGUGGCUAAUGAUGAGGGAAAGGGAGGCCUAAAUUAAUCACCUGUUCUUCUUGCUACCAAAAGGAGAGACUUUUGCUCUCUUUAAAAAUCUUCUGAAAUCGAAGUGUGCCUCAGAUUCCUUGCCUACACACAGACGUGCUCGCCUUGAUGGAUGUCCCUCCAUGCCUCUCUCUCCCUCUUUCUCUCUCUUCGCAAGUCCUGUGCUUUUUUUCUAGUCCUCAUGGUAUUUGAAUCUCCCAAACUAGAGUUGUCGUUUUCUGUGCUUUAGUCAAAUCUUAUACCAAACCAUAUUGGUCACUGUCAACAAGUGGCCUGUCUAUUUAUUUUCUACUUUGCCCUUCUUCUUCACCAUUUAGGUUUCACAUACUCCUGCUUCGAAUUGGGAAGGCGGUUACUGGGUUUUGGACUUCUGGGUAGUUGCGCUUUCAGCUCCAGAAGAGCAUUCACUAAGGUUAGUGGUUAGCUUGCUUUCAAAUAUACCCCCUUAGACUUUUGUUACGCUGUUUGAGAGAGAACAAAAUGACCGGAGAAAAGAACAACUUUCAACUGAGCUAAUGCAACUGCUCAUGGUUGGUUGAGCAUUACCUAUUUGAACAAGAAAAGCAUGAAAACCAACGAUUAUCUCAACAAUAAAAGAGAGGGUACUGAAAUUUGACAGCUUUUAUUGUUGGUGAAAUGCAGAUAAGAUGAGCUUUAAGUGUUUUCAAGUGUUUAGUAUAUUGUUCUGUUGAUUUUCCUGUCUGAAAUGGUUGCGGAAAUGUGGCAAAGCACUAUCUUUAUGCUGUUCAUUUUCUUAUUCCCAUAUAUUCUUUUUAUCUCUGGCACGGCUGUUGUCUAAUUAAAAUAGUAGCUUCUGGUAUUUUAUUAAUUAAUUGUUAAAUGAGACGCUCUCCUCUCUUUCUUGCGCAGACACACACACUUGGUGUUGCUUAAACAGUUUAAAAAUAAAAAAUUGAAAUGGGAUUUUUAUUGGUGCAUAACCUCACUCUUCCUCCGUUUCUCGCUUUCUCUCCUACACACAUUGUUUUCUUUUUUUCUUUUCGGGGGGAGGUGAUUUCAGAUUUUUCAUGGGUUUUGGAUGCUGAGUUGUGCAUUACCUUACUGUAACCUCAUAUGUUCUUGCUGUUGGGUUUUUUGACCCCCUACUUGGCCUAGUCUUUUAAGUUCUUAUCUUGAUUGUUUGCAGCAUAAGGAAAUCUUAGUUCACUUUCCACGUUUAAUCUCAUGGGAACAAUGACUACAAGUAUGCCCGUCCCUCGAGUAGCAUCUAAUUUUGAUGAGGUAUCUAUGCAUCAGAGCUUGCUCUUCUCUGAUAGUCUCAAGGAUUUGAAGAAUUUGAGAACACAAUUAUAUUCAGCGGCAGAGUACUUUGAACUAUCAUACACAAAUGAUGACCAGAAACAUAUAGUGGUAGAAACAUUGAAGGAUUAUGCCAUUAAAGCUCUCGUGAAUACGGUGGACCAUUUGGGUUCUGUGACAUAUAAGGUUAAUGAUUUCUUUGAUGAAAAAGUGGAUGAAGUUUCCGGCACAGAAUUUCGGGUAUCUUGCAUUGAACAGAGGCUAAGGACAUGCCAAGAAUAUAUUGAUCAUGAGGGUCUUUCCCAACAGUCAUCAGUGAUAGAUACUCCGAAAUACCACAAGCGGUACAUCUUGCCAGUUGGUGAGACCAUGCGCGGUGCCAACAAAACUAAAUCCAAAUAUGAAGGUUGCAACCUGGAUGAUGAAGAUGAAUGGCAUCAAUUUCGGAAUGCUGUUCGUGCUACCAUUAGAGAAACCCCUCCACCUACAGUCAGCAAAGGGCGUUCUCCAUCUCCUUCUCCACAACCUUCCCAGCGGCCUGGAGUUUUUUCUUUUACAUCUACCAUGCCCAAAAAGGAAUUAGAGAAGCGAACAGUUUCACCUCAUCGGUUUCCACUUUUACGGUCUGGAUCUCUUGCAAGUAGGCCAACGACCCCGAACAAAAGUCAGUCAACUACCCCAAACUCAAGUAGGCCUACCACUCCGAAUCCUUCUAAUGCAAGACGACGGUACCCUUCGGAGCCUCGUAAAUCAGCUUCAAUGCGAUUACAUGCUGAAAGGGAAAAUGGAAGAGAGGUUGAACAAUACCCCAGCAAAAGUAAACGCCUCCUCAAAGCCUUGCUUAGCCGGCGCAAGUCAAAGAAAGACGACAUGCUAUACACUUACUUGGACGAAUACUGAGAAUGGACAUUGGAAGCAGAAAAUUACUGCAUAGUUUUUCUUUCAGCUUCACCCUUUAUUUGAUUACCUUUUAUUUUUAUAAAGCAAUGUACGUUUGGAAAUCUUAUAAACAUUAUAUAUCAAAUGUUAUAUAUCAUUUCAGAAGUUUGC